AUGGACCAAGGAGUCGGUGGUUCACGAUCAGCAGGGAUCCCGAAUCAGGGAAAUUUUGAGAAAGGUCAAGCAGGGAGAGAGACCCAGAGAGGUACCUCACGUGGAGGUCCGACAUCAGGACCCAGAAUGACAUGUGGGUUUUGUGGGGCUGCUAACUACAUGGGAGAUAAUUGUUGGAAGAAAGGGAAAGAUCGGAAAUGCUACCGAUGUGGUAGUGCUAAGCACUUGAUUGCUCAGUGCCUUCACCUGUCAAAAGAAGGAAAUUUUCCAAGGACAGAAGAAAGCACUUCUAAGCCGAUCAAUGCAAUGGGUAAUCGACCGAAAGUGCCGGGAAGGGCCUAUGCAAUGGAACAUUAA